AUGAUAUCAUUAGAAAUUCAAGGAUUAAUUCAAAUAAAACCAUCUCAAUCACAAAUUAUUGAAACUAUUUUUCAAUCAUCAUUAAAAUAUUGUUUUAUAUUCAUGUCGGUUAAUUUUUAUUAUAAAAAUGCUGAAGGAAUAAAUCAUUUUAUUUUAUUUCAUUUUAAUAAUACAAAUGACAAAUUCAGUAUUCAUAUUAGAAAUGGAAUAGUUGAUGUCAAAUUUUAUUGGCCUGAAAAUAUUGAUUCAAAAAAUAUUCAUAUGAUUGUACAAGUUAAAACAGAAUUAAUUUGGAAAGAAAUUAUAGCUCGUUUAAAAAGUCCAAUGGAAGCUCUUGAAAAUGAACAAAUUAUUAUUAAAGAUGAAAAUCAACAAAUUUACCCAGAAGGUGUUUUGCAAUUUAUUGAAUUUUUACUUAUGUUUGGUUCAUAG